UGUAAAAAUCUGGUCCAGCAACAAACAACGGUCACUCGCAACAUCAGGAUUGAAACCUGACCGAGCAGCAGAAGACUUUUUGAAGAACUGAACUAGAUUGGACACCAUGACCUCCAACCUCUCUGUGCGCAGCUACUCGGUUCGUCAACCCUCCUCCAGCAUGUCUGUGAGAGACAGCGGACGCAGUAUCCGCUCAAAGCCUCCCGUCUCUAUCUGCACGCUGUCUCUGUCCCGCUCUCUCUCAAUGGGCAAUGGCCUCAACAUGCUGGGCUCCAGCCUCUCCUUCAACGGCCUCAGUGGUUCCGCCAGUGGGAAAGAGACCAUGCAGGGUCUGAACGACCGGCUGGCCAACUACCUGGACAAGGUGCGCUCGCUGGAGAGGUCCAACGCUGAACUGGAGAUGAAGAUCAAGCAGAUCAUGCUGGAGAAAACUCCAAAAGGGCACGAUAUCGAGGGGCUGAUGGCCCAGGCACAUGCCAUCGGCCAGGAGGUAAGAAAGAAGACAUUGGAAAACGCCCGUAUCAUGCUGGAGAUUGAUAAUGCCAAGCUGGCAGCCGAUGACUUCAGAGUCAAAUGGGAGGCGGAGGCCACCCUUUGCCAGUCGGUGGAGAGGGACUGUCAGGCUCUGAAGAGAGCAAAGUCUGACCACGACCAGAUCAUCGCCACUCUGCGAGGAGACCUUGACAGCCUGAAGGAGGAGCUCUACUUCCUCAAGAAGAAUCACGAUGAGGAGAUGAACGCAAUGAAGUCUCGUCUGGCCAACGAGCAGGUGACUGUGGAGGUGGCUGCAGCUCAGGGCCCUGAUCUGGGGGCCAUCAUGGCUGAGCUGAGGGUCCAGUAUGAGGGCAUCGCUCGCAAGAACAAGGAGGAGGCCGAGACCUGGUAUCUCAAGAAAUUGGAAGCAGUGCAGUCCGAGGUCAAAGAAAGCAACGAGGCUUUGCGUUGUGCCCAAAGUGAGUUCAGCGAGCGAAGACGUUUCCUGCAGGCUCUGGAGGUCGAACUCAACAGUCUUCGGAAGCAGGUCGGUGUGUUGGAAGGAAACCUUGGGGAAACGGGGCACAAGUACUCAGUGGAGAUGGACAAUCUUCAGAGCACACUGACCCAGCUGGAGGAUGAGCUGUCUCACCUGCGUUUGGACAUGCAACGCAACAAGACCGAUUACGAACAGCUGCUGCGCAUCAAACAGAACCUGGAGAUGGAGAUCGCCACCUACAGGAGGCUGCUGGAGGGGGAGGAAAUGGUGAAAGAAACAUCUCCUCCUAAAAAAGAACCUGAUGUAAGGACCAGGAAGAUUGUAAAAGUUGUCACCCAGACCAUGAUCAACGGCAAGGUGGUGGAUGAGUCCAGUGAGGUGGAGCAGAUCGAGGAGCGAAAAAAAUGAGCCAAAGCGUGUGAAGAGAAGAAGCAGUGAUGUCUCAUAAACUCAAAGUGCCUGCCAGCUGUGGUUUAGAUCUCACCACAACCUUCUUGUUUUAUGUCUUCCAAAUCCACAUGUCAUGUUUUUAUGCCUUUAUCUUGCCAAACAAUAGACUAAAAUGGAAAUGAAAUAAAACAUCAACCUAAAUUUAUUAGUCAUUCUCAGCAACAUGAUAUUUGUCUGUACAUAUUAUAUCACUAAAAUGGAAGAAGAAACUUCAUAUCAAGAAAUUAUCAGAAA